CGGGACAAAUUUAGAGAAUUUACAUUUUAAAUCCAUCCAGAAGGAAUAGUACCAUUGAAAUUACCAUCUUCGCUCGCCCUCACCUAAAGUCCUAAACGGCAAAACGCCCGCCCGAUUUGAAGGUGGGAACAAUGUUCAGAACUCGCGGCCAUAGAGCUGUCCUCGGCGACGCCGGUAUGCUUCGUACGUUCUUCACUCUCUCCUCCGAAGCACAUCCCGUGUGUCCGGUCUACUGCCUCAAAACUCCGCCACACUCGAAGCCGAUUGCUCUUUACUUCUCCUAUGCCCUCCGGCAUGGCUGUAAGUUCCCGAAAGGAGCUGUCGCCGCAGGAUACAACUUUAUUUCAACCCAGCACGGUCAUAAUUUUAAUCUGGCCAAGUUCUUUUCUUCCGCGUCGUCAUCUGCUCACACAGUAGAGUGGAACGACACUAUUUCCAGCUCCGAAGCAUGGAAUGAUGGCGUCAGUGAGGCCCGUGUGGUGGAUUUGAAAGAGGAAGAAGAUGAUGAUGCUAUUGCUUCUGCUGCUAAACCUUCUAUCCCUGUUAGGGCUUUUUUCUUCUCGACCAGUGUGGAUUUGAGGAGCCUAAUGGAUCAGAACAAGCAGAAUUUCAUCCCCCCUACAUCCCGUAUGACCAAUUAUGUUGUUUUGAGGUUUGGAUCUUCUAAACCAGAUCCAAAUGAUUUAGGUUCUGGUAUGAGUGGAAAUGACUGCUGUUAUAUGGUGGUUUUUCAUUAUGGUUCAAUUGUCUUGUUUAAUGUCUGUGAACAUGAAGUUGAUGGGUAUCUAAAAAUCGUUGAAAGACAUGCUUCUGGACUGUUACCAGAGAUGAGAAGGGAUGAGUAUGAGGUGAGAGAGAAUCCAAGUUUAAAUACAUGGAUGGAAGGUGGACUUGACUACAUAAUGUUGCAGUAUUUGAAUAUUGAUGGCAUCCGAACAAUCGGCAGUGUUCUUGGUCAAAGUAUUGCCCUUGAUUACUAUGUCCGCCAGGUUGAUGGAAUGGUUGCAGAGUUUACAGACAUAAAUAGAGGAAUGGAGAAAACUGGCACUUUUACAAUGGAGCGUAAAAAGCUUUUCCAGUUGGUGGGGAAGGCAAAUUCUAAUCUUGCGGAUGUUAUCCUUAAACUCGGACUCUUCGAAAGAUCAGACAUUGCAUGGAAAGAUGCCAAAUAUGCUCAAAUAUGGGAAUACCUAAGAGAUGAAUUUGAGUUGACUCAGCGAUUCGCCAGCCUUGAUUUCAAGUUGAAAUUUGUUGAGCACAACAUAAGGUUCCUUCAGGAGAUUCUUCAGAACAGAAAGUCAGAUUUCUUGGAAUGGCUUAUCAUCAUACUAAUAGGCGCUGAAAUCCUCAUUUCUGUUUAUGACAUUGCCCAAAAAUCUCCAAUUGCCUCUCUUUAGGUCCUCCAGGUUACGACCAAUUUGGUGUGGGCUAAAAUUACUUAAUAUAUUUUUUAAAACGGAAUUGGAAAAUAUCUAAUAAUUAAUUGGUAAAGGUGUUUUCUUUAAAUUCACUGCAAAAAUAACUUCCGUUUUCAAAUUGAGGUACUCUCUCUGUAUAUAUACAUGGAUACAAACUAAUUUAAAACUGAUGUGUUUAAGUGUUUUACGGAAUAUGAGUUUUAUGAAUGUAUUGUUAUUUCUUCGUUAAUUGUUACUCUUAAUCUAAUGGGUUUGAUUAUCUGUGA